AUGUCUUCAACGACGACCACGUCUAUCCAGCUGACCGACAAUGUCGGCUGGGCUUCUAGCCGGCCCAACGCCGCCGUCGGCACCACCAGCCGUACGAGAUCCUCCGCCGCCGCCGCCGGCCGCACCGCGGAGGAAGAGGAAGAAAUACUCGCCGCAUCGCGCGCGGCCGACUCGGACGCGCCCGACGGCGGCUACGGCUGGGCAAUUGUCGCGAGCGGCUGCGUGCUCAUGUGGUGGGGUGUCGGCACGACCUACGCCUGGGGCGUGAUUCAGCGCACGCUGGUCCGCGACGGGCUCGCGGGCCCGGCCGUCGUGUCCUUUAUCGGCUCGCUGCAGGCGGCCAUGGUGUCGCUGUGCGCGACGGCCAAUGCCUGGCUGCUGCAGCGUCUUGGCCCGCGGCGGACGGCGCUGACGGGCGUGGCGCUGAUGGGCGGGUGUGAGAUUCUGAGCAGCUUCACGACGCGUAACCUGGGAGGUCUGUUUGUGACGUCCGGGGUCAUGUUUGGGCUCGGAGCCAGCUUCAUCUUUUGUGUAAUUACGGCGAUUCCAUCACAGUAUUUUAGUAAAAAGAGAGGUUUGGCAAACGGUCUCAUUUUCGCAGGCAGCGGCCUCGGCGGUGCCGCGAUUAGCUUUGCGCUGGAUCCUCUGAUUGAAAAGAUUGGUCUCACCAUGGCGUAUCGCGUCCUCGGCAUCGCGACGCUCGCCACGGGACUGCCCGCCGCCUGGAUCAUGAAGGAGCGCACCCGCCUACCGCGGCGCCAGUUUAUCGAGUGGAAAAUGUUCAAGUCGGCCAACUUUGUCCUCAUCUGCGCCGCCACAGCCAUUGGCACCUUUCCGCUCUACGUGCCGCCGUUUUUUCUCCCGCUCUACGCCAACUCGCUCGGCUUCUCGUCGUCGACCGGCGCUGGCCUCGUUGCCGGCUUCACCCUGUCGUCGGCGGUCGGCCGCAUCGUCUGCGGCUACCUCUGCGACAUGAUGGGCGCCAUCAACGUGCUCCUCACGUCCCUGGUCCUGACGGCGCUGAGCAUGCUGGCCAUCUGGCCGGCGUCGACGACGCUGGCUCCCCUGGCGCUGUUUGUCGUCGUCAACGGCCUCUCCAACGGCGGCUUUUUCUGCACCAUGCCGACUGUGGCCAGCAACGUCUUUGGCAGCGCGCGGGUGGGCGUGGUCAUGAGCAUGAUCAUCACGGGAUGGAUCGGGGGGUAUUUGAUGGGCGCCCCCAUUGCUGGCUAUUUGCUCGAGGCGUUUGGCGGUGCUGAAAAGGGCCUGACGGCGUAUCGACCUGCCAUGUUUUACGGCGGCUCUCUAAGUCUUGUCUCGGCGCUUUUGGUUCUAAUUGCAAGAGUGCGAGUCAACAAAAAGGUGUUUGUCAAGGUAUAG